AUGGGCAUUUUUAGUCUUAUUGAGUACUUGUUAGGGAAUGUAGGACCUUUUGCUAAGGAGAUAGUUGAACAACUUGAAUUGUCAUUUAAAGAUACAACUUAUAUUACCGAGUUAAUUGGUAACUUGGUAAUAAAGUGGUUCCUAGUUGGAAAACUCAAUGUGGAAGCAUCCCGAGUGCACCUAAAAGACAUCCCGAUUGCUUACAAUCUAUCGGAGAUCAAGAGACCCCACAAUCAAUUAAUUCAAAAAAUUUUACAGAACAUGAUAUUGUGUCGGAUGGAUAAGCACCACCUCACCAUGCAUAUAUGUUCACAGAAAAUCAUUGUAGUUGAAAAGGAGCUAGACG